CGUGUGGUUGAUAUAAAAACGCAUUUAAGAAGAACAGAUUGUUCCUGAGUUAUUAUGGAGAUAUAUUGGAGGUUAUAUUUAGUCCGUGACCAUGUCUAUCUAGAAGUCCAUUUUAAAACACAACGUGAAGCAAGGAAUUGGCGACCGUCACAAAGGACAUUGCUACCUAUUCUUUUUGCUGCCGUUUGUUCAGACAAUGUAACACAUGGUUGUAUUACAUUUUUGUUUUGUUUUUUCGGGACCAGGAUAAAAGUGCUAUACGUAUUCGCCCUGCUGCGUUAAACCUCCUGCCUAAAAAGCCAUCGCCGUAUUCACUUAGCCAUUCUGAUCCAAUAUUCUGUAGGUUUGCAAAACAGAACGAGGGAACCUCGCAUGGUUAAUUCCUCAACUCCCUUCAUUAACUUGCCAAUUGCGCCUUGAUAUUUUAUUCAUUCUUCUUUGGCAAUCUGAAAUGAACGAGACUUUCGAAAUAAAUCAACUAAAGACACCCAAAGAAUCCAUUUCGAAACGGCGUAGGCGCUUAUCAAAUACCCGAUGCUAUCAAAGACAAUUUACGAGUAUAGGAAAACACCCAUUUUACUUAUCAACCAAUGAAAAAACACAGGUGCGUUUGACGUUGUCACGACCCACAAACAAGGCGACCAAUAACAGAAUGAUUCCAAAUGCGGUUGAUAAGACAAAACCUCUUCUACCGGUACAUUGCUGUCAGCUGCCUCCGUGAUUUACCGAUAACUUGUCUAAGAAACAAAUCGACGAAGGAAACGUGUGUUUAAGGAACUAUACUGCUAUCUUGCCAUACUCAUCAAUCGAUUGUGAAAAGACCUUUAUUCAUUGAACAGUCUUGCAGAUCGCGUUAACCUCUUUUUGCCAAAAGAAAUAAUUUCCUUUUUAAGAACUCUUUCAAGUACUGAUAGCUUUUACUCAAUUUUCGAAGUUUUGUUUAGCUUCUGUCUAUAAAUCAUACCAAAGACGUACAAUUUUAAAUUAAUAACAAGAAAUAACGACACAACAAACAGCGAUGGAUUUUAACGAAUACCGAAAAAGAGGUAAGGAAAUGGUGGAUUAUAUAGCAGACUAUCUGGAAAAUAUCCGUAGCAGACGUGUCUUUCCAGACGUGAAGCCAGGCUACAUGAGGAACUUGGUACCGGAUGCAGCACCUAUGGAAGGAGAGCAUUGGGAGGAUAUAUUUAAAGAUAUCGAACGUGUUAUAAUGCCCGGGAUAACACAUUGGCAGAGCCCUUAUAUGCAUGCCUAUUUUCCCGCCCUCAACUCCUUUCCUUCCUUAUUAGGAGAUAUGUUGGCUAAUGGAAUCGGUUGCUUGGGUUUCACUUGGGCUAGUAGUCCAGCAUGUACUGAAUUAGAGACGAUAGUAAUGGAUUGGUUAGGUAAAAUGAUUGGACUUCCAUCAGUAUUUCUACAUAGUAAUCAACAAACAAUGGGUGGAGGUGUUUUACAGACAACAGCCAGUAACGCCACGUUUGUAUCUCUAUUGGCGGCUAGAUCAGAAGCCAUCAGACGUUAUAAGAGUAGUCUGGGACUAGAAGAUGCUGAAAUUAACGCCAGACUCGUAGCUUAUUGCUCUGAUCAGGCCCAUUCAUCAGUAGAGAAGGCUACAUUGAUAGGAUUGGUACAGCUAAGAUUAUUAGAAAGUGAUGACAAUUUAAGUUUACGUGGUGAAAUACUUCAAGAAGCUGUUGACAGAGAUAGAGAACAAGGACUUAUACCCUUUUUUGUCUGUGCCACUUUAGGAACAACUGGUGCGUGUGCUUUCGAUAAUCUGAAAGAACUAGGUGAAAUUUGUGAUUCAGAAGGAUUGUGGAUGCACAUUGAUGCCGCUUAUGCUGGAACUGCUUUUAUCUGUCCUGAAUACAGAAAAUAUAUGGAAGGUAUUGAACAUGCACAGACGUUCGCUUUUAACCCUUCAAAAUGGAUGAUGGUACAUUUUGAUUGUACCGCUAUGUGGGUUAAAAACAGUGGAGCUCUGCACAGAACAUUUAAUGUUGAUCCAUUGUAUCUAAAACAUGAAAAUUCAGGUGCGGCCAUAGAUUACAUGCACUGGCAAAUACCAUUGAGUAGAAGAUUCAGAGCAUUAAAACUCUGGUUUGUUCUCAGAUCAUUUGGCGUUGAAGGUAUCCAGAAACAUGUUAGAGAGGGCGUGCGACUAGCCAAGGUGUUUGAAAAUAUGAUAAGGAAAGACAAACGAUUUGAGAUUCCCGCUGAACGUAUCCUCGGAAUGGUUGUUUUCAGAUUAGCGGGUGAAAAUGAUCUAACCGAAUUACUGCUGAAAAGAUUAAAUCAUUCCGGUAAAGUCCACAUGGUACCAGCUGCUCUGAAAGGCAAAUACGUCAUCCGUUUUACUGUCACCUCUCAAUACACAACACAUAGUGACAUAGAACGUGACUGGAAGGUGAUUCAAGAUUAUGCUUCCAAAGUACUGGCAGACGAAAUGAGCGAGGAAGAGGAAGAUGAAGAAAUUAUACCCGUUAAGGAGCCAAAUAAAGUUACACCAAAAUAUCGUCCACGAAUGGGCAGUCUGCGUCGCAAAGAUUUCGGCAUGAGUCUAAUACUCAGCAACGUACCAUUUUCCCCCAAAUUCAUCAACGGCAGUUUUGCAGCCCUUUUCGAUAAUAGCAACGUUAUUGUUGAAUUUGCCAAAGAAUUGUCUAGUGGUAACUUCAACGGCCAUUCCCUACGUCUGUCGCCACGACGACGUAUAAAACUACGAGAUGCGUCCAAACAGCAGAGUUUGGAUUGCGCGCCGCUUAGUCCGCGACACUCCUCAUUGCGUUUCAAACAGGGCUCUUUAGAUUCUAAGAUUGAUGACAUACUAGAAACGUCAUCAUUUGAGAGCGACUCCCAGACCAAUAACCCAAACAGUGACAUAGGUGAGGACGACUUAGAUGACAACGAAACAGAUCCAGAUUCCAGUCCUCGCAAACAGAAGGUCGUCAUUAGUCUGCAACCUAGUAUGAUAUUACAGUCUAACGGAAACCGUGAAAACGGAUCCAAGUCUGUCAAUGGCGUGCAUUUGAUCUGUGAGAAUUGCGGAAGAUCUUUCGAGGAUUGAGCUGAGCAUGUGUUCUAUUUAAUUGAUAUUUAAUUAAACGUUAUAUAACUCGUAUAAUGUAUAACCACACCGACUGCUGAAAACUGGCUGCUUUAAAGCAAGCUGGGAAAGUCGUUUCUUUUUUAUAAACUAAAACUAGAGUCACAUAAAACAGACUCGAUGAUUCGUCCCGUGAAAUCUAUAGAUCUUGGUUCAGGUCUGACCUCUGUAUUGUCUGUGACCUUUAGUGUAUGUAUACUGUAAUGAUGAUAGACUGUAAGGGUUGUAUAUAAACCCCACAGAAAUUGUUCAAUAUGACGAAGCAACGACAAACGUAAAUAGCAAAUAAAUUAAUAAUGCAGACGUUCAACCCCAAAUUUUUUAAAUCAAGAUUUUUUUUUUACAAAAUUGUAGUAGAUAUAUUUAAUUAAAAACUCUGAAUCUUUUUUUCCUUCCGAUAUAUUUUUCGUCUACUCUACAUAACAUCUAACCACUUCUUUACUAUGUAUCUUUCAAUACGGAUUUGAACCACUGUUAUUGGCUGAAAUCAUUAUUACCAAAUGAAAAGCAUAUGUUCUUAAAUCAGAUAAGAUGAGCACACACUUUAAGAUGUUGUUAGACUUUAGUGUAUAGUGUAAAUAUAAAAAUAAUAAAAACAAACAAAAACGAAAGUAUGGUCUAAUUUUAAUUAAACUGCUAUCCUUAUAAUAAUAUAACUAUCAAUUUAUUGUCAAAUUUCAAUUAAAAUGGAAUUUUAUUUUUCCCAACUUUAAUUUUAAUUAUGUUAAAUCCGUUCCUGUUUAUGAACCCUUACGCAACGCUCGUUUUUUUUUCGAAUUAUGAAUAAUCAGAUAUAUGGUUAAAGGUUUAAUGAAAAUGACAUGAAUUAUUUCAAACAUAUCUAAUUAUCUAUCCCUGAUAUAAACAUAUCUAUAAUAAGCUUAUAUCUAUAUAUUAUUGUCUAUGUUAUGCAUCUAUUAUAAUUAUUGAUAUGUGGUAGAAAUAAAGGUAUUAUCUAACUUC